GCCAGGGGGUUGACACAACGACUGCAGCCUCCCGUCUGCUCAGAUAGAAACGGUGUGUUUAGUGUGGCGUCAGCUACCAUGGCGAACAUCCAGUUAUAUUAUUUUAAGGGAAGCCCACCAAGUCUUGCUGUCCUCAUGACAGCCAAGGCCCUUGGUGUACCACUCGAGAUGAAGGAACUCCAGUACUGGAACAAAGACCAUCUAGCCCCGGAGUUUACAGAGAUAAACCCGGAUCAAAGCGUCCCAACAAUUAUAGAUGGAGACUUCACAUUGUGGGAGAGUCGCGCCAUCUUGCGCUACCUGAUAGGGAAAUAUGGGGGUGAGGACAACAGCUUGUACCCCCGGGACCCCCAGAAGAGGGCAGAGGUGGACCGACUACUGGACUAUGAUCUUGGGGUCUUCUUCAGAGUCAUUUUGGAGGAUCUGUGGCUGCCAUUCAGAGACAAAUAUGAGAUGACAAAAGAACAAGACGAGAAGGUCAUGAAGGGUUUCAAGCGGAUUGAUACACUGGUCAAGGAUAAGAAGUUCCUUACCGGAAAUAACCCCACCAUUGCCGACUUUUCGAUAGUAGUUGGGUUUGCAGUGGAAAUUGUCUAUCCAGGGGAUAUGUCCAAGUACCCCAAUGCCAUGGCAUGGUACAAGAGAAUGCAGGAAUUGCCCUACUACAAAGAAGCGAAUCAGUCGUUUCCCGGCUGGGUGGAAAGCGUGAAGAAUCGACACACUGAAAAGGUGUAAAACAUGAAGAUGUUCAGAUCCAUUGAAGUGUACGGAUGAUGCAAGAGAAUGCACAACAAAAAGUCAGUGCAAGAGGUUAUUGUUGUGUGAGUUUUAGAUCAUUCAUCUUCAUAAACCAAAGAUGAACUCUUACUUGUGUAACUGAUGUUAGGAUCCUUAUUGCACUGUUUUCACUGAUUAACUUGUCUCCAGUUAUAUAGUAUUACCAAUAUAUAUUCAACUACAAAGAUUAAAAGCUUUAUGGUUA